AUGAAUUCAACUUCGAAAAUAAUUCAAAUUCGGCCUUUGCUGCGAAUUCCAGAAGCUGAAGCAGCGCGCAUGCACCAGCAGCCAGAAACCCUUGCCAAAUCAACUCCCACAACGCAGCAGCUGCAGCAGCAGCAUCAGCAGCAGCAGCAGCAGCAGUUGCUGCAGCAGGACCUGUUGCUGCAGCAGGACCAGUUGCUGCAGCAGCAUCAGGUGCUGCAGCAAGACCAGUUGCUGCAGCAAGACCAGUUGCUGCAGAAGGACCAGUUGCUGCAGCAAUACCAGUUGCUGCAGCAGCAUCAGGCGCUGCAGCAACACCUGCUGCUGCAGCAAUACCAGUUGCUGCAGCAGCAUCAGUUGCUGCAACAGUCUCAGUUGCAGCAGCAGGAUCAGUUGCUGCAGCAGCAGGACCAGUUGCUGCAGCAACACCAGUUACUGCAGCAAUACCAGUUGCUGCAGCUGCACCAGGUGCUGCAGCAACACCAGUUGCUGCAGCAACACCAGUUGCUGCAGCAGCAACACCAGUUGCUGCAGCAGCAUCAGGUGCUGCAGCAGCAACACCAGUUGCUACAGCAAUACCAGUUGCUGCAGCAGCAUCAGUUGCUGCUGCAGCAUCAGUUGCUGCAAAAGUCUCAGUUGCAGCAGCAGGACCAGUUGCUGCUGCAGCUGCAGCUGCUGCAACAGUAUCGGUUGCUGCUGCAGCAGUUUUUGCUGCAGCAGCAGCCGUUGCGGCAGCAGCAGCUGUUGCUGCUGCUGCCUCUAGUGCUGCACCAGAAGCGAGUGCAGCAGCAACAGCGGUUGCUGCAGCAGCUGCUGCUGCUGCAGCAGCAACAGCUGCUGCUGCUGCUGCUGCUGCUGCUGCUGUUCAGUAGUCGAUUUUGCCGCGAGUGA